AUGCGCACUUCAUAACUGCAUUAAUAAAACCUGUCCUGUUCCAUCGACGUUUUAAAAAAUUCCAAGAAUGGGACAAGUUCCAAAGUGUGUGUCAACACGCUUUCUUCUGACACUUAACGGCAUCAAGACCAAACCAAGGAGUAUAUUCAGCGAAACACAAGCGGUUUGCAAUGGUGCAAUGUCUGGUGUUCACACUGCUCUGGGUCUGUCCUGUGGCACUGCAUGCCCUUGGGAGUACAGAGAGAGUAUCUCAAACGACUGAGCCAAGUGUCUCUAUGACAGCACCGACGGCUGAGACAGUUACUUUAGGACCAAUUGAGACCCAAAGCCCUGAUACACACACACACCAGAGCCUAGAAGAAGAACAAGAACCACUUCCCUCAGACCCCUGUCAGGAUGACGAUUUGGAUAAGAGGGUGUACCAGAGGGAUUCUGAUGGUGUUAUGCAGCUGGUUCAGGGAGAGGACUACAAAAACACUUGCAACCUAGCAGACAGUGAACCGGCCCACUGUCUUAUCUACCCUACCAAUCAACUCAACUGCUCCUGGAAUUUCCAUGGUCUCCCUAACGACAGCCAAUCCUAUGCCUCCGUCUUUGUGUGUAAGAAAACUGAGAGAAUCUCCAGUGUGGACUGUGUCACUGAGGCCAUAGGAGGCCAAGGAGCCCAGGGAGGGACUGGUAAGGCUGACCGUGUGGUUGGACAUGUGUCUGCUGGGUGCCAAGGCAGUGUGGACAACAGCGCCACCUCUGUGAUCCUGACUUUCAACGUGUCAUGCUCUGACGUGUGGCGCAUCUACACCCAUAAAUACCAGACCAAUGAUAUUGAUGUGCUAUGCCCGCCCCCCAACAUCAACCCAUCCUGGGUCAGAGAGGGGGUUCUGCUGGUGAAGUGGGGUCUCCCGUCCAGCCGGUUACGCAGCAAAACCAGCUGUUUCCACUACCAGCUACAGAUCAAUGACCAGGUGAGGGAAUUUAAGGGUGGACUGACAUACAAUGAGACCAACGCAGACCCCACACAUUCACACGAUGUGAAGAUGAGGGUGAAGAAGAGUAAUAGGUGCAGAGGAUCUCAACACUGGAGCAGCUGGAGCAACACCACCAAGGUGGCCCCGUUUGAAUCUCCCAAUCAGCUGAACUCUCUGGUGGUCAUUGGCAUCGCUCUGGGAAUACCCAUGGUCCUCCUGUCUCUGCUGCUGCUGAUUCGACUUCAGAGGGAACGUCUGUUUCCCCACAUCCCUGGUCCCCCACUGAAGAUUAAACACCUCUUGGAGAGAGACGACCAGUUUCAGUUUGUCCCUCAGGCCCUGCAGUCCAAAUUUGUUGAGGAGAUCACAGUGGUGGAGGAAGCUAAGGAAACACCUGUGAAUUUGGCCAGUUAAACAAGAUGGCCUGUUUAAAGCCCAAUCAUCAUAAACUGUGUAAGAGCCGAUCUGUAAGGAGGAUCCCCUUAGCAGAUGCAGUCAUUACCAUUUGUUAAUACCUAUCCAAUCCUUUCAAGAGUGGAUGCUACUUAUUGACAUGCAUUGUUCUUACAUGCUUAUUAGUGUCUACUCAAAGAAUUGUUCUAAUGUGCUCAGCUUCCACCAGUGUUGUAGUACUUGAGACCAAGACCAGUCCAGUCUCGAGACCACAUAUUGGUCUUGUCUUGGUGUCAGCUACAUUCGUACUCGGUCUUGACUCGGUCUCGGACAGUGAGGACUCGUAAUUUCUUCCCUAGACCAGCGGAGUAAAAAAACUCAAACAUAUACACUCCUUUCUUGAAACAUUAUCUUACAACCUUUAUCUUUUAUAGACAUGUUUACGUAGUGGUGAACCUAUAGGACUUCAGUGUGUGACAGGUUCGUGAUUCUGAAAGGACAGCAACCGUAAUACCAGAGACUCAUGUAGGAGGGUGCACUUUUAGUAAAACACAAAGGGACAGUGGUGUAGUGGAGUAUACGCAGGUAUAAACCGUAUACUCAUUUUUUUCAGUGGGCAUUGCCUAUACUCACUUAAUCCCUAUUGAUGCGUAUAAAAGUAGUGUAGUGGAGGCAGUGGCGACCCGUCAUUAAGGGCAGUUUUUGAGUCGCACCUGUUUAGCAGGGGUGUGCCUGUUUUGCAUGUUAUUUUGUCAUUAAUAUGUGUCACAUAUCAGUUUGAAAAAAAUGAUUGAGUUAAUAAAGCUUCAUACAAAAAUGGUCUUUUAUUGCUUUCUGGAAUAAGGCAGCUCCAAAAUGCAGAUGUUUCAACUUAGCUCAGUGCUUUCUGUGGUGGUGGGGCAGCCAGCGGAAAAUACUGAGCGUAGGGGUUGGUAAUGUUCUCUUGUUGCGCCUUGAAAGUAUGACUCAGUGUUCUGUCACUCAUGGGGACACCACGUCACGGCAAAAUUCAAGCCCCUUGGGUGCUGCCAUAGAGUUACAUUAGAAGUGCCCAUCCAAUAAGGCUCAAGGUCAUUGGCCACAGAUAAAAUGAUGUCAAAUCAUGUUAUAUCUACCAUAGCUUUGAUUGGAUGGAUCGUGUCAACAUCAUACUUUUUUAAAUCUUAGCUAGCAAGCUAGCUGUCACGUUCUGACCUUAGUUCCUUUUUUAUGUCUCUAUUUUGGUUCGGUCAGGGCGUGAGUUGGGGUGGGCAUUCUCUGUUUUGUUCUACGUUUUGUAUUUCUGUGUUUGGCCUGGUAUGGUUCCCAAUCAGAGGCAGCUGUCAAUUCGUUGUCUCUGAUUGAGAACCAUACUUAGGUAGCCUGUUCCCACCUGUGUUUGUGGGUAGUUGUUUCCUGUUUUGUGUUGUGUCACCUGAUAGGACUGUUUCGUUUUUCGUUGUGUCACCUUUGUUAUUUUGUAUUUCAGUGUUCAGUUUAAUAAAUUUAACAUGGACACGUACCACGCUGCAUUUUGGUACGAUCUUUCGUAUUCCUCAUCAGACGAGGACGAGAUUCGUUACACAGUCAUGAUCAUGAAUCUAGUCGGCAAUCUACAG